AUCGUGAGAGGAGCCGGGAAGCGGGAGCAGGAGCAGCAGCAGCACCAGGAGCCGGCAGGCCCAGCCCUCCCCCGGCUGCUCACGCUGAGAUUUUUCUUUUUCCUCCUUAUUUAUUUUUUUUUUCAUUUUUCCCAAAAUAAAAGGGGAAUUAAUUUAUUUUUAGCCUUUUUAAUUAUUCUUUUUUUCGCAUCCAGACCACGAGCACCGGCCGGACUCGCCCUCGCUCCCCCCGCGGUGCUCGCACCGUUCCUGCCGGCUUUGUGCGCUGAAGCCCCGUCCCUCCUCUUCCUCCUCCUCUUUCUUCCCCUCCUCCGCCGUGCAGCCUUAACGCGACUCCGAGGAGCAUCCGAAAGCGCCGCAGCGGCUGGUCCAAACCUCCCCGCAACAAAAACCCUUUCGUUUUUGCUUAUCCUUGCACGUUUUUGACCCUUCCCGCACUCGCACCACGCGGAGCGCCCGCUGCCUCCGUGUUAACCAUGCCCAUGGAGCUGACUCAAAGCCGCAUCCAGAAGAUUUGGCUCCCCAAUGACAACCGCCCGGCGCUGCCCCGCCGCUCCUGUGGGCCACAGCUUGCCAAUUCCCCCACCGUGAUAGUGAUGGUUGGCCUGCCAGCCCGCGGGAAGACCUACAUCUCCAAGAAGCUGACUCGCUACCUCAACUGGAUUGGUGUCCCAACAAAAGUUUUCAAUGUGGGGGAAUAUCGCCGCGAGGCAGUGAAGCAUUACAGCUCCUAUGACUUCUUCCGCCCUGACAACGAGGAGGCCAUGAAAGUCAGGAGGCAAUGUGCCCUGGCUGCCUUGAGGGAUGUCAAGCUAUACCUGACGGAGGAGGCUGGCCAGAUUGCGGUUUUUGAUGCCACCAAUACCACGCGGGAGAGGAGAGGGAUGAUCCUAAACUUUGCCAAAGAAAACGGGUUCAAGGUGUUCUUCAUUGAAUCUGUCUGCAAUGAUCCCACCGUAGUUGCCAGCAAUGUUAUGGAAGUAAAAUUGUCCAGCCCUGAUUAUCGUGACUGUAACUCAACCGAUGCCAUGGAGGACUUCAUGAAGAGGAUCAACUGUUACCAGGCCAGCUACCAGCCACUCGACCCUGAUGACUAUGACCGGGAGCUUUCUCUCAUCAAAGUCAUCGAUGUUGGCCGGCGGUUCCUGGUCAACAGAGUCCAGGAUCACAUCCAGAGCAGAAUUGUUUACUACCUGAUGAACAUCCAUGUCCAGCCCCGCACCAUUUACCUCUGUCGGCAUGGUGAAAGCGAGUUCAACCUCAAGGGGAAGAUUGGGGGUGACUCAGGCCUCUCCAACAGGGGCAAGAAGUUUGCGAUGGCACUGAACAAGUUUGUUGAGGAGCAGAACCUGAAGGAUCUCAAAGUAUGGACUAGUCAACUAAAGAGGACAAUCCAAACAGCAGAAGCUCUCCAACUGCCCUAUGAGCAGUGGAAGGCGCUCAAUGAAAUUGAUGCUGGGGUGUGUGAAGAAAUGACGUAUGAAGAAAUCAGGGAGCAGCAUCCAGAGGAAUUUGCUUUACGUGAUCAGGAUAAAUACUACUACCGUUAUCCUUCUGGGGAGUCCUACCAAGAUCUGGUGCAGCGCCUAGAGCCGGUCAUCAUGGAGCUGGAGAGGCAAGAGAACGUCCUUGUGAUCUGUCACCAGGCUGUCAUGCGCUGUCUCCUGGCAUAUUUCCUUGAUAAGAGUGCAGAUGAAAUGCCCUACCUGAAAUGCCCCCUUCACACAGUGUUGAAGCUGACCCCAGUGGCUUAUGGCUGUCGGGUGGAAUCCAUCUCACUGAACAUAGAAGCUGUGAACACCCACAGGGAUCGGCCAGAGGAAGGAAAGAAGGGACCUAACCCGCUCAUGAGACGUAAUAGUGUUACCCCUCUAGCAAGCCCAGAGCCCACCAAAAAACCUCGCAUCAACAGCUUUGAGGAGCAUGUGGCUGUUUCUUCCGCCCUGCCAGGCUGUGUUCCUCAGGAAGUGCCCUCGCAGCUGCCGGGACAACCUUUACUAGGGAAGGCAUGCCUACCCGUUUGUCACUUUCUCAAAGUUUUCUCUUUACUAAUAUUUCCAAGAACAUGAACACCUCGCAGAAGCCGUCGUGACUCCGUUGGCGCUGUGGUAAUGCCACUGGGACGCCACCAGCUUCCCAUCCCAUCGCCAUUUCUGAAGCUUGCUUAUAAACUGGUCUCCUCCGUCUGCGGCGAGGUUGACCCUCGGCUGUUUCUACCCAUGCCCGUUCAUCCGCAAACCGCUCUGCUGAAGGAGGGGAGAGAUGCAGGAGAGCAGAGGAGAGGAGCCGAGCAUCCUGGGGUCACCACCAGAUCUUUAGGCUGCAGCAUUUGCUUUCCUCUCCAGUGUCCUUAGAUCAUAGCAAGCUGUAAAGUGCUUCCUAGCGCACAGGAGUUUAAUUUCCUUCUGCAAGCAGUUUUGAUCUUCUUUUGUAGAGACGAUUGGUACCCAUCCGUCUCUGGGUGGGGUGUGUAUAUAUGUGGAUGGAGCGGGGUUAGCAGAGAGAUGGGGGGGAAGGGGAGGGAGCGAAGGGGUUUUGCAUUUUUUUAUUAAUAUUAUUAUUAUAAUUACGAUUAAUUCCUUUGCAAGAAGUCCUUUACCCACGCUACAGCCUGUCACACACGCAAGCCUGACUCACCCAGGCCUGUGAGCACCAAGAAGGCCAUUGUGUGAAGUCCUUCAUAGUGAGAACUGCUGAGUUUAACAAGGAAAAGAGAUCCCAAAACAUAUUUUGUUUUACUCAAUACACCUUAAAGGGGUUUGCAGAGAAUGUAGAUCUGCUUCUAAAACUGGUGGUGAGCUGCCAGUAGUGUAGGGGAAGCCACACCAUUGGUAGUUUGGGUGAUGCUUUCAUCUUUGGGAGCACGAAGAGAUGGUCUGAGUUCACAUAUGUGUCAAUUUGGGGGGGAAACUGAGCACUGGUUGAGGUGCUGUGCUGGUACUUCAUCUCCUCUUUGUUCUUCCUUAGAGGAAAGCGGAGAUUUGGGGCAGUUUAGGGAUCAAUCACUGUGUCAUUGCAGGUGGACAGGCUGAGCUAGGUGCAUUUUGCAGACACACAGGUCUUGUGGAGGUGGCCGGAGGUCUGGCUAGGAUGCAGGAAGCCCUGUGUGGCUGCAGAAAGCCAUGAGAAGGGACAGUUUUGUCUGUGUUUAUCUCUUAAUUUUACAUAUAUACAUGCACACGUGUGUGUGUAUAUGUGUACACCUAGAAACCGCUUGGUUUUUGCACUUUAUUUGUGGCAGGAGCAUAACUAUUUUAGUUUUUAUCAAGUUGUGCCCCUUAACAGGGCAAGCCUGAAUACAGGCAACUUCUUUAUUUUGCAUGCUGGAAAGCUGGGACUACAAAAAACUAGUUACAGCCUUCGAGGUGUGUGUGUGUUUGGGGGGUAAGACAGAGUGAGGUCUUGACUUGGACUCCAUCAGCCAACUCCCAGUGGUUUGAUAUGCAAGAUCCCUUUCUUGGCAGCCUGUCCCAGGCUGUGAGACAGCAGUUAAAUGGCAAUUAACCACUAUAGCUUUGUGCAAAAUCUGUGGAUUUUGAAGAUUAAUUUCUCUUUCUUUAGGGUUUUGGGUUGUUUUGGUGUUUUCCUCACUCCUAUAUACACCAUAUUCUCCAUCCUUGUCAUGCGUUUUGGCUGCACGGCUGAGCUGGAAGCAGGAGGUGAGGGCAGCCAAGUCUUCCUGCCAGUACUAUGCUGGAGAUGGGCAGCCCUUUGGUUUCAUCCUUCCCAUAGCUUUCCUCAACCUUUUAUGCAGGAAACAACAUCCCUACAGCUGGGAGCAGAGAGGUUUGGGGAGAAAUGAUGUAUUUUUUUGGUGUGUGUAUGUUUUUGGGGGGGUUUGGUCUGUUCUUCCUUUGGGAAAAGGCGAACCACAGUGCCUAGUGCUUCAGCCUCAUGCUUGGAGCAGCACCGACAGCGGGAGGGGACCGGGACCAUGUUCAGUCCAUAUCCCACCAAAGGAGAUGGUCUCCAGUGCCCUGCCCGUGUGAGCUUGUGCAUAUGUGUAUUAUAUUCCUGUACAGAUGAAACAAAGAACACUUUUCCCCCCUGCUCUCUGCCCUUUUUAGUUUAAUAACCACAUUAAAAGCAGACAUCUCCCUGUGUGAGCAAUUGACAUCUGCCCUUUUGGUUUCUCUGCCUUUGAGAGAGAGAAAAAGAAUUAAUGUUUUUGGAAGGCAAAUUGCUUUUUUUCAGCCUCCUUCCUGGGGAGUUUUAUCUUUCCCCUCCUGCUACGAAAAGAUAAGCCGGCAAAUGCAAACAUUACGUCUGGCUGCCCCGUGAUCAAUCCUGUACACAUGUAAUUCUGCAGAUGUUUUGGUGUGUAUUUGUUUAUGUGUGUGUAUGUAUAUAUAUAAAAAUAUAUAUAUAUGAAGAAAUCAAACAGCAAAAAAUAUUGACCUUUAACUUUCUCCCUUUGGGAAUAAUGAAAGUCUUAGUAGGUCUACAAAAAGAUGAAAUUUCAACCUGGUGUUUUCUUCCAGCAAGGGGAAAAUUGGUCUUUGAGCAGCAGAAAGGUCCCUUCAUACUGGAGGGGUUACUACUGCCCCCAGAAACUCACUGCCCAUUGCUUUUGGUUAAUAGCGCCAAGGACCGGGCAGAGAUGCUGCAGCCAAGGCAGGUGGGGAGAGGGGACUUGUCAAACCACACCAAUGAUUUCUUUCCCUCCCCCUAAUUUUUUGUUUCUUGGUUUCAUUUUCCUUUGUGAUACUUGAAUUUAUUUUUUUAACUUUUCUUUUUUGAUAGCAAAGCGCUCUUUAUUUAUUUAAUGUAUACUGCAAAGCUUGGAGAGAAGGGGGUAGUUCCUUGGGGGUUUUUGUUUUGAUUUGUGGUAUGUUAACUGUUCUGUAUAUAUGUCUGGAAUAAUUGCCUGAUAUAAAGCUGUGCCAGCUUAAAAACAGGGUAUGCCUUUCAGAAAUUUGUAUAUUUUGCAGUUGCUGGACCAAUAAAAUAUCUUGUUGAAAUACA